CAAGUUGAAAGAAGAGACAAAAGCACUUGAUGCUGACUCUGAGAAAACAGAUAAGGGAAGAGAUGAGGGCGCUUGACUGACGGCAGAACCCCUGAGAAGGAGGAGACGAGAAACCGCAUUCUUCGGGACCACUCCCAAGACGUAUCAACGAACUUAAUGGGCCGUUUCAAAGGGUUGACGGGGGCCAAGAAUUGAGAACUUCACUGGAUUUGCACCCAGGUAAAGAAGGAUUCACUCAAUCUGCAAAGGAUUGGGGUAUUUUUUUUUUUUACCACUGCCAUAGGAAGUACAUUGUAGCUUUUUUUGCUGGUUUGCACCAACCUGGUGUGACACGCAGGAGGCCGCCGAAUGCUUUGGACCAGGAUUCGAGAUGCCAACUCAGUUCUUGUCGCAGUGACCGAGGCAGUGCCAGAUGUUGAUCCUGCAUAUAGCUAAACUGAGUAUUUCUUUAAUGACUUCUCCAUGGACUAUUAUUCAUGUUUGAGGCACUAGGCUGCCCAUUAGUCUCAAAUUUCAGUGUCAACAUCAACAAAAUCCAGAUUUACGAGCCACUUAGGACAUGAAAUGAAAUAUGAUCAUUUUAACAGCAAAAUUAGCACAGCGUGUCCAUUGCUUCCAAGUCUUAAUUCCACGUUGUACUCGUCUGGAUCUGUGGACUGAAUCUUCGUUCUCUUGUGCCUCUUGCUUUUCACCGAAACGUACACCCUUGGAGCAACAAUCCUGAAAAUCACAGCGUCGCCGCAGCACUUCUUCACGUCAGAGUUUAAAAUGCUCUUGUCUGUUGUUGACACUUGCAAAUAACAGUUGCAGCCCAGGAUGGCUUUUACACAUCUGGACUGUGUACGAGAACUGCAAUCCAGCUCUUUAUUUAUGCGAUGGGGCUUUCAAGAAAAAAUGACCUAACAUGGAAACACUGACUUCUCCUCUCAUCUCCAAAAUAAGUGUAACUAGACCGGACUCUUUUUUCCCAUGCACACUGCUAGCUUGACGUUCUGCCAAAAAUAUCCCCUGAUUUUCCUUUUAAAUAUUCUUCUGAGGAACUAAUGAAAUGAAUCUUUCUUUUUGAGACACCCUGCAUCUGGCGCCAUGCUAUAUCGGCCAGUUGGCUUUGUCCUGUGUUAGUACACAGAUUAAUACUUUCACUUCCAGUAGCUCUCGAAGUUCUUGUGCCAAGUGUCGUAAAUCAUCGCAGCCAUGGGUAUUCAGGGAAUGGAGCUGUUUGCCAUCGGAGUGGUCAUCAUUCUGUUUGUGGCUGUUCUCAAACAGUUCGGCAUUCUGGAGCCCAUGUCACUGGAAGACGGUGAGUACAGCAGUGACAGUGACCUAGAGCUGUCCACGGUGAGACAUCAGCCUGAGGGUCUGGAGCAGCUGCAGGCUCAGACCAAAUUCACCAAGAAGGAGCUCCAGUCCCUUUAUAGGGGCUUCAAAAAUGAGUGCCCAAGUGGUUUGGUUGAUGAGGAAACUUUCAAGACCAUCUACUCUCAGUUCUUUCCCCAAGGGGAUGCCACCACAUAUGCCCAUUUCCUGUUUAAUGCAUUUGAUCUUGACAGAAAUGGCUCCAUUCGUUUUGAGGACUUUGUGAUCGGUCUGUCCGUGUUGCUGAGAGGAUCUGUCACUGAAAAGCUCAACUGGGCUUUCAACCUUUACGACAUCAACAAGGAUGGUUACAUCACUAAAGAGGAGAUGCUGUUAAUCAUGAAGUCAAUCUACGACAUGAUGGGCAGGUACACCUACCCCAGUGUGCGAGAUGAAGCUCCAUCUGAACAUGUGGAAAAGUUCUUCCAGAAAAUGGACAGAAAUCGAGAUGGUGUGGUCACUAUUGAGGAGUUUAUUGAGACCUGUCAGAAAGAUGAAAACAUCAUGAACUCCAUGCAGCUCUUUGAAAAUGUGAUAUAGGACGGGUGUGGAGCAAUCUAAAGCUAAAACAACCCUCAAUGUCCCAAACCACAUGUCUAUAUACACAACUAGCACAGCAGUCACUCUCCGUCUUGUCCUGUAGCACUACUCCCAUGCCUGCUGCACUCCGUAGAAUCGUAUAUAGACCAACACAUAGCCUACAGUAUGGCAUCACAGUUUGUACUUCACAGCAGGACUGCUUUUAAAAAGAAAAGCCUGGACGGCUGGGAUCCUUCCUGUUGCUAAAUACUGGCAGCCAUGUGGUGGAAACUACUGAUCAGAAUGAACAAAUGAAGUAGCAAAGCCACAUUUUGUAUCACUGGUUGAUGGAUUCCAAUGGAGUCUCCAACACUCGUAUGAAAAUCAUCACAGCUCUGGACUGCUUUCUUCUGCCUUAUAAAUGAGGGACAUUACAAGACUUGAUCUCAACCUUCCAAGACACCAUAGUUUGAAGGAGAGUAAAGCAACUAUGGAUUUCAAGGACCCAAAGGAACGUAUAGCACCAAUAAAGAUUUGAAGCACACCAGAGACUACACGUAAUACUCACCAAAAGAACAAAAUAAAUGUGAUGAAAAACGACCUGAAGCAUGCCUAUCCAAAUAUGUGAGAUAUUUGUGAUUUUCUUGCAUGGAGACUGAAAAAGUUGUACAUUUUCUUCCUUGUAAGCCAGUAGGUCCCACAGAAGACUGUAAGCAAACUAAAGCAACUGUAUGCGUGAAGUUAGAUAGUGUACCAGUGUUUAUAAGUUCUACUCAAACCUGUAUUGCACAUAUCAGUGGGGCCAGAAUGAUUUGUUUGGUCACAUUUGAUUCUUGCACAGCAAUGAGGUAUAUAAAAAAGUUAUAUUUACAGUAUAGGCAUUUUAGAAGUAUUGAAGUAUGUGUUUUAUUUUCAGGAAUGUAUUUAUUUGUCAGGUGGUGUCUAAUGGAAUGCAGGGUUUGGGCAUAAACAGACAUGUCCAGGUUAUUAAAAAUGUGGUUUACAAAUGCUAUUAUUAUUUCAAAAAAAAAAAAAAAAAAUAUAUAUAUAUAUAUAUAUAUAUAUAUAUAUAUAUAUAUAUAUAUAUAUAUAUAUAUAUAUAUAUAUAUAUAUGAAACAGACUAAGAUAAAUAUACUGUACGAGAGGCUUGUUUAUCUUUAUUUAUUUUUUUUAUUUUUUUGCUUUUGCCCACAUAUUGUUUUGUAAAGGUUAUACAGUAUAUUCUUAUUAUUUCAUGAAGUACAGUACAUGAUGGCAACUUUGAGCAUCUGCUGCUUAUAUGACAGUUAUAUUAUCAGGAAUAUGGGGCGGUUAUUGUAACUUUACUCUUACGCAACAAUCCCCUUUUUAUUUUGGGGAUGGUGGGUAACUAUUUCACAACUAUAAAAGAACAAAUACUAAGGUGAAGUUCAAAUUUCAAAGUUUAUUAAAAGUCUGUUUUCAGUUCACUUUCAGCAACAUCUGAAUUGUAAAAGCUCUUAUUUAUUUAAUCUUUAUUUGGUUGGAACAGAUACAGAUUCAUGUAGAUCCAAUGAAUAAAAGAUGCACUACUCUUAACCAA